CAGAUCACUACAGAAGGACUUGGAUAGCAUACAGGUUUGGGCAGAUUUGUGGCAGAUGAAAUUUAAUGUCAGUAAAUGUAAAGUAUUAAACAUAGGAAGUAAAAAUGUGAGGUUUGAAUACACAAUGGGAGUUCUGAAAAUCAAGAGUACACCUUAUGAGAAGGAUUUAGGAGUCAUAGUGGACUCUAAGCUCUUGACUUCCCAACAGUGUUCAGAAGCCAUUAAAAAGGCUAACAGAAUGUUAUGUUAUAUAGCGCCCUGAUAUGUGGAGUACAAGUCCAAGGGGGUUCUGCUCAACCAUUAUAACACACUGGUGAGGCCUCAUCUUGAGUACUGUGUGCAGUUUUGGUCUCCAGGCUACAAAAAGGACAUAGCAGCGUUAGAAAAGGUCCAGAGAAGACCGACUAGGCUGAUUCCAGGGCUAUAGGGGAUGAAUUAUGAGGAAAGAUUAAAAGAGCUGAGCCUUUACAGUUUAAGCAAAAGAAGAUUAAGAGGUGACAUGAUCGAAGUGUUUAAAAUUAUGAAGGGAGUUAGUUCAGUGGAUCAAGGCUGUUAUUUUAAAAUGAGUUCAUCAAGAACACAGGGACACAGUUGGAAACUUGUUAAAGGUAAAUUUCGCACAAACAUUAGGAAGUUUUCUUUACACAAAGAACAAUAGACACUUGGAAUAAGCUACCAAGUAGUGUGGUAGACAGUAAGACGUUAGGGACUUUCAAAACUCGACUUGAUGUUUUUUGGAAGAAAUAAGUGGCUAGGACUGGCGAGCUUUGUUGGGCUGAAUGGCUUGUUCUUGUCUGAGUGUUCUAAAGUUCUAAUAUGGCUGCUACCAGCCCAGUGCACGAGUGUGCACGACCACACAAACAUACCUGGCAUGAAUGCGCUUCUCGGAGCGUGACGCGGUUAAGUGCCAACUGGAUAGCAGGUGCCUGGUUUUAUUUCAGUGAAAAGUCGCAAAUGGGAGUCAAAUGUAAUGUUUUGAAAUACUGGCGUUAAACUCUGCCUCGUCCAAACAACCAGGGGGUACACUGGCAGACGGAUACUGUGAAUUUCCCCCUGGGAUUAAUAAAGUAUCUAUCUAUCUAUCUAUCUAUCUAAAUGAACUGGAAAAAACCUACACGAGCAACAACCACAGCGACACGUCUAUUGCGCCUGGGAGCGUUUGGGAGGCGCACGUGGAUGUAGGAGGUUUGUCCCUUUGGCGCCACCGUUCUACAGCAAUACUUUAGCGUAGUUGGAAAACAGUGCCACCAAACUGUAACAGAGCAGGGAACAACUAAAAAGCAGAGACGCGCCUUUGUGUUACGUGGCCAAAGCGCCCAUUUUAAACGGCGAUACAAGUGUAAUCCUUUAGGUCAUACCUGACGAUACUUCUAAUGUGGCUUUAUUCAUUUGUUUGGCUUACUUUGAUACUGCCGGAUCAAACCCGAACAGUACUGGAUACACAGUGGCCGACAGUCCCAGGGUGGACCAGGACGCUGACGGCAGGAGAGGAGUGCGAUACCGGAGAGCACUUAUUAGAAGUUGAUCUGCCCAGUCCAAGAGAGGUUCGGUGUACUGGUCCUCCCUGGCCCCCUCCUGACGAGCUUCUUCCCAGUGUGAAUAGGACAUAUUCUGCAGUGGAAGGUCUACCAGUCUGUAUGAAUAAGACCAUUCAGUACCCUGAAGGCAUUCCUAACAGUGGGAAGCACCGUCCUGUUGGGGCACAAUAUGGAGAGUAUAUAUAUUGCCCUCCUCAACGCUGGAUCCGCAACCUUAAGGAUGGAGGGAUUGCUUUCUUGUAUCACCCUUGUGUCCAUCCUACCCUCAAGACUGGUUUGGUGGCUUUGGCAAGGUCCUGUUAUUGUAACCAUAUUAUCACUCCUUACCCCACUUUGAGCCAUGAGAGGCCUUUGGCUCUUGCUGCUUGGGGACGCACCCUAGAAAUGUCACAUAUUGACCAUAAAGAAAUUGGCAAGUGGAUUCCAGUUAGAAAAGAUCAGAAAGCAGAAUUGAGGUCCAAUAACAAAAGACGUUACACAUAUCUGCUGAUCAGGAAAUCCGAAAUGUUGUUGGAUAAAGAUGGCAAUGCGCCUUGUCCCUUUGGAAACUUGACGAAACCUAAUAGUCUCAGGUGGACCAAGCAAGAUCUUGGACUGAGUGGUGGCAGGAGAUACCUGAAGAAGAGAAAUGUAACUAAUAGAAAUGAAACUUACACAAAUGUGAAAUCUGGGAGCGGAAUCCUGAAUCACCACAAUCAAGGCAAAUUAAAAUCCCCUGCGAUACAAGUGAAAGGUCUUCAUCAUCAGACGGUGUAUCCAAAGCCUGGCAGAGCUGCCUCCAAAGCAGGAUCUCAAAGCAGUGGGGUAAUCCAGGUAGAUUCUGUAAAGGAGUCUCACCAGAUAGGACAACAGCUGCCUUUACAAGAUGGUGGAGGAAACCAUGGAUCAGAGAAUGAGACAGGCCUAAGAAGAGAGCAAGAGAAGAACUCAGGUUGUCCUCACACAGCUGCUCCCCCAGUUGACUGUGACUGUGCCGAGAAAAUGAGGCUGCAGAAAUCUGAUGGCGCUAUGGAUGAACAGAGAAGUGUCCAUUUGCCCACCCCUCGCACAGAAGAGGCAGCUUGGGCGGCAGCAGCCCUUGGAUUCCUGCUGGUAAUACUGACUCUUGCCGUUCUCCACACACGCCUGUACAGGGGAUGUCAGAGAGGACCAAGUCUGUACUGGCCAGCGCAACAGCAUGAGUUCCACGAGUAUGAUAGUGUUGCAGAGAUUGUAAAGAGAAGACUGCAGCUAGGAGGCAGACGGAAGAGAAAACCUUUGAAAGCCAAGAAAGAGGAGCAUUGCAUGUUGAUUAACUCCAGCAGUGACGACUCCGACUGAAGGUUUCUCAUCCAGUGUUUUUUUGUUUUAGCUCCAACCUCUGUAGUUCGAGGGAUUUUAUCUGAGACUCCCAUGGUGUUCUUAGUUUUUGUCUCGACUUGGCAGAAGAUAUCUCAAGAUGUGGUGAAGUUUGGAUGGCACCGUCGAUGUUUGAGUAGCUGGUGCCGAGUAGGUGACGGCUUUACCCGAGUCAAACAGAUGUUGUCAUUGCAAAGACUCCAGUUACUGGACUGUGCCAGGUGAGGAGCAGGCCCGUUUUGACAUUCACGUGCAGAUGCUUUGCUGUGCAGUAGCAGCACACGCCUUUGGCCUACAGAGGUGUAUCGGUACAAUUCCAAUAGUUAAAUAGGAAGAUGUCACGUCUGUGGGCCUGGCGUGACUCCGGCGUUGUUAACAGUCAAGAAGUCUUGACUAAACUUUUCACUGUGAACAUCUUCUCCAAUGUGUUGGUACACCAUUUUUGCCUACAUUUUCUUGCUGACAUGUUGAACGUCAUGUUUGUUUUUAUGUGACUUACAAUAUAACAGAUUGCCUUUGGGUCACUCCACAAAGACUGUUGUCCCAACGUGUGCUGAACUCUGACCACACCCGGCUGGUUGUUUCUCUGUCAGAAUCGGGACAUUUUCACAAAUAGGAUGACAAACAUAUUUCAACAUCAUGCACCAGCUGUACUGUGGGAAACAGUGAUUGACUGUGUUUUAUUUUUGUAAAAACAAACUGUUUCAUUUUAAUGUAUAUUUUUAAUAAGUUACUUUAAUUAUAUUUAUACUGCCUGAAGCUGAAAUAAUCUCAAAACUGCACCCGUACAGCAGUAGGGCUUUUAGAAAUGGACAAAGACUUGACUACCUCAGACGUCACUAGAACACACGUGCGCAUGUGCUAUUGAAGAGUGCGAUUUACAAAAGAAAUGUUAAGGAUUUGUGUAGAACAUAAACAGUAACGUCCGUACACCUCCAGCCCGGCACUGUGCUCACUUAGCUAUGCUGAAUUUCGGGGGUCUCACAGAAAAGAGCGCCUUAUUAAGGAGUGGACUGCUAAUCGCCAGUUUCGCAAAAAGGGGACCCUGGAUAAUAAAGUCACCACCGUUAUGUCACAGUCAGACACCACAUACGAUAACUGAAGGUUUAUUUUUUGGAUUUGUUUUAUUCCUGGUCACUGACAAAGGUAAGCAGCAUUUUGAAACUUAAUGGCGGUCGUGUGGGUGAUAUCUGGAAUUCUCCCUGAAGCCACUGGCUGUCGAUUUUGUUCUUUCCAAAGCCGCUGGAGGACCUGAAAGAACCCCUCUGUGUUGAGGGUCACAUAAUGUAAAUACAGCUAGACAAGUGAAAAUGUUCAGUUACUGAGGGUAAAAAAAAUAAGUAUUUACAUUUGUUUUUAUGUUUUUUUACCAAGAAAUAAAUGACGAUGUUUGUUUUAAUUUGUUUGUGUUCCUUGAGAGGUAAUGCCUUUUAAUGUAGUAUUUUAAAUGUUACAUUUUUCUACA